AUGGUUGUCCCAGCCCACGCUAUGUCAGUGUGGAGGUGCAUGGUAUCGGGCUUCUUGCAGAGAGUCUCAGCACCGUGGUCGAGGCCGUCUUCCUGGCGAUGCCGAGAUUGUCGCCAUUUCAGCGAUGCUAUGGACCACAGUUUGCUUCCUCGCGUGAGAAUGCCAUUUUCUCAUGUCGAUGCAGCUGUCUCCUCGUACUUCACUGGAUCUCAAGGCCCAAGUCUCCAAAAGAUGGCCGCUCAUGGUGGUCGCAGCAAGUCUUCCCUUCAAAAGAUGCGCUCAGCACUUCUUGGAGCAGGAGCACUAUGUGCAGAGAAGAUCCAAAGGAAGAGACGCUUGACUGGCUUGCUGGAGGCCGAUGCUACAUCUUUGCGGAAGAUGAGGUUGGGAAAGACGAGGACGCUGCGCUACUUCCAAGCCUUUGGUGUGGUGAAGCGCGAAAAGCGCCAUGCUGAUGCCAGGAACUUUGGCAAACCACCACUGGAAAAUGCGCAAAGCAAUGAACGUGCAGGCCUGUUUGAUCUUCUGGCCCCUUCGUGGGUCUCCUGCGCCACCAUUGGAUGCUAUCCUUUUUUGGAGCCCAAGGUUUGCUUGGAUGGGGAGGCACCGCUUCCUGAGCCAAAUCUACGACUGCUGCCGGCGGGAGUCCUGCUGACCACCCAGCAGCUGCAUGUCUUGGUGGAGGACGCCUGUCAUGUCUUGAAGUAUGAGGAGUUUAGGGCAGUGGAGGCUCCAGAGUCGUCAGCUCUGGUCACAAUCAGUUCAGCUUCGGGCAUAUGGCAGCUGCACGUACGCUGUGAAAGCGAGCGCAAUGAGCUUGUGCACUUGUUGAGGCGCGGUCCAUGGGCUGGUGUGUCUUGUUGUGCCGCUUAG